GCGAACAGUUUUGGAGAAUUUGAUGUUUCCCCAUUCAAAGAGAUUGCAUGAUGCCCAGGAUUCCCGAGAGGCGUUUCAAAGAUGGCCGCCGAGUGAAAUGACUUGUCUUAAAGGGACUUAAAGGGACAUGGAUGGUUACGUCUAACUACGGCACUGUAAAAUAAAGUAUAACCAACAUUAUAAAAAAUAGUAUCUGCCAGCGCAUUCAGAUGUGUGGUAUUUUAUGACAUUUUAUCAUAUUAGUAAACUGUAACAACUAACAAGUGUUAUAAAUAUACAUAUUUCUGCAUACUGUACAUAGAUACAUCCCAAACUAGUGUGAAGUUUCAAAAACAUGCAUACAUUUCACUAAGGAGGUGGAGUCUCAUAAUCUGAUUUGUACCAACUGAAAAAGAAAGAGAAAAUGAAAAGUAAAAGACACAGGACAAGAGCAACAUCAAGUUUUUAAAGAUGGGAGGAUGUCGCCUAAAAGGGAAGUCUGAAUUUCUGGAGAUCUGUCCAGUGUUUCUGGGGAGUCUGGAAAUAUUGAUAAGUUUUGUCUGUAUCAUCAUAUCAUUGUGGGGUGGCUUCUUUUUUCUGUUCUUCUGCUUUUCACUUGUCACUGGAGCUGUAACGGUCUCAGCUGACAAAAAAGAAACCAUGUUUUUGAUCAGAACCUCGCAAAUACUGAGCUGUCUCUGUGCCAUGACGACCUCUAUUUCCAUCUGUAUUCAUUCUGCUGAAAGCGAGCCUCUUUGGACCGUCAUAGUCCUCGUGGUCUGUGAUAUUCUGAUCUGCAUCCUUUCCGCAAUUGUCGCUUCGACCAUCGGCGAUAAAUGCUGUUACUGCUGCAGACGAUUGGAAACAACAAUGGAAACAACUAAUCCGGAGGAAGCACUGGCUUGCACUCCCAGCCAAGACAACGUUUGGCGUUAUGACAGGAACAGACCUAGCGUGAUUGUCCAGAAUACUGUGAUUGUCCCUGACUCUGCCGCACUGCCGACAGUUUACAAUUCAGUCCGAUAUGUGCUGCCAUCAGAACACGGUCAAGCCAGACUGAGCUAUUUUGAGGAGUGUUAAGAAAUGAUGGACAAGUGCUUUCAGGCAUCGCUGACACUGCUGUGUGUCUAACAAACAGAGAAGAGAUGAGACUGCCAGAGGUUCUGAGAUUGGAUGAGAAGAGCAAUUCCUCUGGGAUGAAGGUCACUCCUUCUCUGACUGUUUAUGGAACAUGCCCAGAGUCUGGAAUGAUCUGCUUGGUUUCAUUUCAUUUCAUUCAUCUGUCUUUGUCUCUAUUUCACUAACCACAUGAAUCUUUACGAAUCUUUUGUUUUGAAUCAGUAGUUCGGAGCA